GCUCGCGCCUCUUUCCCUCCCUUUGUCCCGAAUAAGGGACGCCAUUGGCAGUGGCGUCGUUGCCGGGCUUUUCCAGGAUAUGGCGGUCCGGGUGUUCUGCAACCGCUGCUUUCAGCCGCCCGGCAGAUUCUCCUCGCAGUUUAGCUUGACGAGUUGUGGCCACGUGUUCUGCCACCUCUGCCUCCAGCGAGGUAAAAAGGAAGAAUGUUUGAUAUGUAGCACUCCGUGCCGUACAAUUUUACUUUCAAAACAAACUGAUUUUAAUAUUCAGGCAUUCUUUAUGGGAAUAGAUGGAUUAUGCAAGAAAUAUUCAAAAGAAACAUCACAGAUUUCAGAAUUUCAAGAAAAACACAGGAGGAGGUUGUUAACAUUCUAUAGAGAAAAGAUUUCAAAAUUAGAAGAAUCUCUUAAAACAUUAACACAGCAGAUACAACAGAUUCAAAGUAAGAGACCAUCUCAACAAACAGUGCAAUUACCUGUUUCUAAAACAGUAAAAAGUUCAGUUUUAACUCCUUCAGCAAAGCCAGUUGGAUAUUCUUCAUAUUCAUUCUUGCCAGCUUACUCUUCAGCCUCCCAAAUAGUGGAAUCAAUGGAUGUUGAUCUUUCACCUUCUCUAAUGACAAAACCUGAGGUAGCAGCAGGCCCUGCAAGGCUUUCACUGAUCAGUCCACCUCAAGAUGGACGUAUGGGAAGUGUUUCUUACAGAGGGCCCCAGCUAGUUGGACUUACUGCAAGUCAGAAUACCAUAUCAAGGACUCCACCAUCACAAAUUCCUUAUAAUGGACAUGUUCUGUCAUCCUCCUUGCAAAGUAGAACAGGAACAUGGGAUUCUUCUGGCUUCAGAAUUCCUCAGUUUACACCUCCUCCAUCUCAAUCCUCAGUGCCAAGACAGCCAAUUAGCAUAUCCAAUCUUCUACAGAGGCAAUGUUUAGGAUCUAAUCUUCUUGGAGGAAACACAGUAGCAAGAUGAGUGUGGCUUUGUGGUGAUUGUUUUCCAUUAAUUUUCAGGUGGAUCCCUCUAUCAACAUUUGUCCAUUAUUAUCUAUUAACUAUUAGCAAUUGAGUGUUAUACCUUUUUUGAUGCUAUAAUUAAGUGGAUAGUAUCAUUGAAUAAAGAAUUUUUUCCAUAUUUCUUACAAAAGCAAAUUUCUUUUUUUAAAAACCUUUGUGCAGAGUAAAAUUAUACUCCCUUAAAGUAUUAGCCUUAGGGAAAGAGGCUUUUAUUGUCCAGAUAACAGCUUAGGUUUUACAUUAUAGGCUUACCUUACAGACUUUCUGUGUGUUUUUCAUUUUGAAGAAACAUCAUCUGAUCUAUAGUAUAUGUGGAUACAUGUAAUAAUGAAUUAGUUGUACUGUUAUAUGAUGAUUCAUAAAAAUAUGGAUAACCACUUAAAAUUAACCAUUUUGUAUAUUCAGAAUUCCUAUUGGAGACACAUUUCCCCCCAUUAUUUAGUACAUAAGCCUAUUUGUGUACUGUUGUUGGUAUAUAGCUGAGAAACUGAGUAUCAGACCAGUUAGAGAGUGAACCUUAGUUCAAGUGACUGGAAGAACCUUGGUGUACUACUUAAUUUCUCAGUGCAACUCUAUAUUGCAUAGCAGUUGCCAGUCUGCAUUAAGAAAGGGAGUUAGUUUCCUUCCUGGGAGUUCUCCAUAUUAAUGGAAUCAGAGGUUUAGUCCUCAAACAUAAAGCUCUAUAUUGAUAAUAUUGGUGGGUUUCCUUCCUCUGUGAGAUCUAUGUUUUGUAAUUUUUAUUACACCUGGUCUAUACUAUAGAAUUUUAAAAGUGUUGAUCAAACUAUUUAACUGUUAAAAAGGUGGUAUUUUAAUUUCAUCAGUUAGCCAAGGAAAUAUUCAUGUUUAACAAUCGACAGUUUUGGAGCAUUUCUGAGUCACUAGUUCAACAAAAUGAAUAGAAAGAAAAAUAGUAUAAAACGCAAAUAGCCCAUGUUUGGCAUCAUCAUCCCUACUAAUGUCUUAAUGCUUAAAAAAUGUUAUCCUAUACAACACACACCAACAGAUCUGUCCAUAACAAGACAACAAAACCAACAGUCAAGAAAGUCUAAAGAAAAAGUUAUUUCUAAAAGAAACUAUAUUUCCCUUCUCUAAAGUGGUUGAGUCUUCUCCAAACUUGUUAGCAACUAAGAUAACUACAAAGCCCUGAAAUAAGGUCUAAACAAAGCAAGGCUGGCUGGUCAGGGCACCCAGAAACACAAUAGUGACAUAAUGCUGGCUGGUGGGAAAAAUCCAAGGCAGGCCUAGGUUGAAAGGAGGGGCAAAUAGGGAGAAGGGAAAAAGAGAAAAAGAAGGUGAACAUUGACCUAGUAUAGUGUCUGUCAUGGAGGCACUUAAUAAAAUACUUGUUGACUGAUUAGUGUGCCUGUCUUUCUAUGACUCUUCAAACAGUAAAUAUUCCUGUUUUUCAUCAUCUUUGUUAAUUUUCUGGUUGUAAUAAGACACAUAGUAGGUGCUUAAUAAAUUUUUAUUUACUGACUCUAAAAUGAAAAAACAAAAUUAUUGUCA